UAGUGAAGCUCGACAAACAACAACAACAUCCUUGUGUAAGUGUCCGAGCAGCGCAUACAGAAAGUGCGUGUAUGCGUGUGUGUGUUUGAGCUGCAGACAUGUCAGUCCUGCGGUGUCUCUGCGCUUCAGUCAGGAGACACAUCGUCUCUCCGAGUCUAACGGUGGACCGGGUCUUCACGGGGUGUUCACGAGCAGCCAGCGGAGCGGUGAAGGACAAGGAGCCGCUGAAGAAAGCUAAAACCCCGCAGGGUCGGUUUGACAGCCCCGAGGAGAAGAGCAAAGACGUUCUGGAAAAGUUCCCCGAUGACGUGAACCCUGUGACCAAGGAGAAGGGGGGCCCUCGAGGUCCAGAACCCACCCGCUACGGAGACUGGGAGAGAAAGGGCCGCUGCGUUGACUUCUAGAUCAUUACCCAUAAAUCCGAUGUGUCACAUCUGCAUUAUGGAGAUGCAGAGUCAGUGUCACUUGUUAAACCAUUGAUUGUUUUUUGCUGUAAAGGUCAGUGUUUCAGAUCAGAAGGUGAGAGGGAGAUACACACUCUGAAAUCUGAAGCUCUGAGACGUGUUUUGCACAUUGAUGUUGUUGUGUUGCAGUUGAGCGUGAGACUGGUCUUGUGUCUUCAAUGUUAGGAUCAAUAAAAAGAAAUAGGAUUCUAAAUACAA